AUGUUUGAUCUUGAUGAACAUGAUACAGAUCGUGUUGCUCUUCAUUAUCUUCGAAACUAUGUUAUAUCUGAAGACAAUAAUAUUCUUCAAAAGCAUCAUCCUGUUAAGAUUGAUACAUCAAAUAGUAGUUGUUUAUACAAAACUAUUGCUAUUCUCUGUCGAUUGGAUGUCGAAGAGGGUGCGAAAGAAUUAAGAAUAAGAAAUGUAAUUGAUAUGGUGCUCAAUGCAGACGUGUAUCAUUCAGCUGAUCCUGACUUACAUUCUUGUUUGCAAUGGGGUGAAACAUGGAAAUAUUUCGUAUUAGAACAACUUCAUGAAAAGCCAUGGAUGAAUGGACCAAAUGCUGUUUUAACAGUUUGUUUACAGAGUCUAUCUAAUAUAAUUAAUAUGAAAAUUCGAUCGGUCUAUCCAAAAAUAUCUGGCGGCAAUGAUGAUCUUCGAAAACGACUUGAUCGAAUAUUUUCUCCAUUAGACGUUGAAUCAAAUGAGACGACAGUAUCAACAAUAACUAUAUUAUGGUCAGAUACGAAACAUAUAUCAUCACAUUCAACGAGUUCAAUGUGGAUGCCAGAUUGUGUAGUACCACUUUUACUGAAACCAGACUGUUACAUAACUAAUACAGCGAUUCCACCAAAAGCGAAUUCAGCUGCUUUACAAAACCCUGCGGAACGAAGUUUCUAUAUUCUUUCUUGUUUCUGUCGUAUAACUCAAAGUGCUUUGAAUGAAAUUGUAAUUUAUUCCGAUCAAUUGAAACAUUCAGAAGCUGAAAUGAAAAAAGAAGAUACAAAAGUAUCUGAGUUUCGUUGUCCAAAAUGUUCAAAAAUAUGUUAUAAUUAUCAUUUUGAUUGGGGAGCAGUUACUUUAUUUCGUCAAAAUUUUACUGGUGCACGUUUAACUUAUAUUCUCGUUGAUGUAACGUCAUCAAUGGCAUUAAAUCUUUUGUAUAAUCUAACAAUAGAAAAAAAAUCUUCUUUAUCACGAAUUACUCAAACAAAAGAAGCAAUAAAACAAUUAUUAAAAGAAAUUGCUGCAGCUGCAAGUCCUUUAGAUCAAGCUAUUUUAACAACAUUUGAUGAUAAACUUAAAAAUCCAGCAUUGAUUCCUCUAUGUAACGCUUCAGAUAUUGCUAAUGAAUCAAAUUUAAUUACUAUUGAUGAAAUUCAAUUAAGUUCUCGAUCCAUACAAACAUAUUUUUAUUCAGUUUUAAAAGAAGUCUAUGAAAUGUUCGAACGACAACCAUUUUUAUAUAUUGAUCUUUAUGUAUUUUCUGAUGGAAUUGAUACAAGCCCGAAAAAAAAUGAUAAAGCAUAUCAAGCAAUUAUUCGUGGUUUAAAUGAAAAAAUUGGUGCAAAAUGUCAUUUUAUAAAUUGUGGUUCAGCAUCUGAUGGACUUUCUGUAGCAGCUUGGUUAAGUGAUAGAGAAGCUGAUUGUUCUAUAUCAGGUGGUAUUGAAGAGAUUAAAACACAAGUCAAAGCUGUUUAUAAAAGAGAUCAUGCAAGAAAUCUAGAUUUAACUUCGACAACAGUUCGUUUUCGAGGAAAAACAAUUGACGUCUUACCACCAACGUUAAAUACAUUUAUGACGGAUGCAGAAGCUGCAUCUAUUCGUAAACCAAUUCAAAAAAAAGUUACAUCGAAAAAUGAAGCUAUGCCACUAGAUUCAUUUUUUCGACGUUCCAAUCCAAAUCUAAAGAAUUUUUUUGAUUAUGUACCUAUUCUUCCUUCGGUUAAUCGUACUCGUUCUUCUAGUGCUACCGAUAUCAGCUCAAAAUCAACGGAUCUAUUUAAAAUUGCCACACGUAAUUUAGCUGCUCGAAAACUUAAUUAA